UCCCCACCAGAUACUCUUAUUUUUGCCCCCUAUGAGAUCAUGAAUUCCUCCUGGGUGCACAACUCCCUAAAGUGCUCUGUGUUUUAUUGCUUAUAAUUUCCCACAUCCCAUGAUGCCCCUUGAUAGAAUUAUUUUUUCUGUACUCACACAAAUGGAAACAGAAGAGAUGAAAAACCCUGGGGAUGCAGCCUCGCAGGUCUCAAACUGCUAAGCACAACCUGCACAUCUCUUGGCUGAGUUCCUUUCUUGGCUCAGAGUCAGAUUUUGCAUGACCUAGGAGGCUUAGGACCCAGGGGGCGCCUUUCAGCCGAAAAACAGCUCGCGCUGCAGCAAGCUAGCUGGGAAGCUCCCAGUUCUAAAGAGAGGCUGUUUACCAGAAGAGCAUAACAAGGGCAGGUCUGACUGCAAGGCUGGGACCGGGAGGCAGAGCCGCCGCAAAGGGGGCCCCAGUUAAACACUGGUCGUUCAAUCACCUGCAAGACGAAGGAGGCAAGGAUGCUGUUGGCCUGGGUACAAGCAUUCCUCGUCAGCAACAUGCUCCUAGCAGAAGCCUACGGAUCUGGAGGUUGUUUCUGGGACAACGGCCACCUGUACAGGGAGGACCAGACCUCCCCCGCGCCGGGCCUCCUCUGCCUCAACUGGCUGGACGCGCAGAGCGGGCUGGCCUCGGCCCCCGUGUCGGGCGCCGGGAAUCACAGUUACUGCCGAAACCCGGACGAGGACCCGCGCGGGCCCUGGUGCUACGUCAGUGGCGCGGCCGGCGUCCCUGAGAAACGGCCUUGCGAGGACCUGAGAUGUCCAGAGACCACCUCCCAGGCCCUGCCAACCUUCACGACAGAAAUCGAGGAAGCGUCUGAAGGGCCAGGUGUAGAUGAGAUGCAGGUGUUCGCUCCUGCCAACACCCUGCCCGCCCGGAGUGAGGCGGCCGCUGUGCAGCCAGUGAUUGGGAUCAGCCAGCGGGUGCGGAUGAACUCCAAGGAGAAAAAGGACCUGGGAACUCUGGGCUACGUGCUGGGCAUUACCAUGAUGGUGAUCAUCAUUGCCAUCGGAGCUGGCAUCAUCUUGGGCUACUCCUACAAGAGGGGGAAGGAUUUGAAAGAACAGCAUGAUCAGAAAAUGUGUGAGAGGGAGAUGCAGCGAAUCACUCUGCCCUUGUCUGCCUUCACCAACCCUACCUGUGAGAUUGUGGAUGAGAAGACUGUCGUGGUCCACACCAGCCAGACUCCAGUUGACCCUCAGGAGGGCAGCACUCCUCUUAUGGGCCAGGCCGGGACUCCUGGGGCCUGAGUCCCCUCAGUGGGCAGGAGCCCAUGCAGACACUGGUGCAGGACAGCCCACCCUCCUACAGCUGGGAGGAUCUACCACUUUGUGUUCUGGUUAAAACCCUACCAUUCCCCCUCCUUUUUUGGUGAAUCCUAAUAAGUGACAGAAGCAGAUGGCACUGUGGGCUGAGGGUAAGGCUGGGCAGGGUCCUAACAGUGCUCCUUCUCCAUCCCUUGGAGCAGAUUUUGUCUGUGGAUGGAGACAGUGGCAGCUCCCACAGUGAUGCUGCUGCUAAGGGCUUCCAAACAUUGCCUGCACCCCUGGAGCUGAACCAGGGAUAGAUGGGGAGCUCCCCCAGGCUCCUCUGUGCUUUACUAAGAUGGCCUCAGUCUCCAUCAUGGGCUUGAGUGGCAUACACUGUUAUUCAUGGUUAAGGUAAAGCAGGUCAAGGGAUGGGAUCGAAAAAAUAUGUUUAGUUUUUAAAAUAUUUGGGAUGGAACUCCCUACUGACCUCUGAGAACCAGAAGUGAGUCUGUACAGAAGUCAGAAAUUUUGGGUUGAGAAUGAGAUCUAGGUUGUGGCUGCUGGUAUGCUCCAGCUUGCUAGCAAUGAUGUGCCUUGACAACUAUGGGCCAGGCCUGGGCCCAGGGACUCUUCCUGUUUCACAAGGAAAGGAAGGGAAGAAUUGCACUGAGCAUUCCACUUAGGAAGAGGAUAGGGAAGGAUCUGCUCCGCCUUUGGCCACAGGAGCAGCUUUGGCCACAGGAGCAGAGGCAGACCUGGGAUGCCUGUUCCUCUUCAGGGAUGGAUAGUGACCUGUCUUCAUUUUGCACAGGUAAGAGAGUGGUUAGCUAACCUAUGGGAAUUAUACUAUGGGGCCUUGUGAGCUGCUUCUAAGAGGUUAACCUGGAAACUAAGCUCAGAGGCAAGAUAAUAAAGCACUUUAGGACUUGCUCCUGAGGUGGGCCUGAUUUAGCAGGUGGUCCUGUGGGUCUCCAGGCCAGCACCUUCCUGUAGGGCAGUGGGGCUAGGGUGACAGCCCCUAACUUAUAAAACAAUCAAAGAAUCAUUAGAAAGGGUUCAUUAAACCUUUUGGACACAGGGCCUCAGAGAGGAAAAAGUGACUUGCCCAAGGUCAUAAGCAAGCUACUGGCAUGGCGAGAGCCCAGCUUCCUGACUGAGUGCAACAUUUCUCCACUGCACUGUGGUAGCAGCUCAGCAGGGCCUCUAAGCCCUGAUGUCACACUCGAAGGCCUGGCAGUCCCUGGCCAUAGAGCUUCCUUUUCAGAGCCCUUCCACUGCCCAAUGUGGAGAUGGGGGUUAGUGGGGCUUUCUAUGGAGCCAUCUGCUUUGGGGACCUAGACCUCAGGGGGUCUCUUGGUGUUAGUGAUGCUGGAGAAGAGAAUAUUACUGGUUUCUACUUUUCUAUAAAGGCAUUUCUCUAUAUACAUGUUUUAUAUACCUCAUUCUGACACCUGCAUUUAGUGUGGGAAAUUGCUCUGCAUUUGACUUAAUAAAAAAAAAAAAAAAGACUCCA